GGAAAAUAGAAUGCAAAAUAUUUCUUCUUCCCCCUUUUGAAGGAAUCUGCGCACUCCGCGCCAAAUCAUUGUACAUCCCAUCCCAAAUACACAGAAUCCCCUCUGUAUACGAACCCAUUCUCUUUAUGUGAGUGUACUGAAAACCCUAAGUUUGUUUUGCAUUCUUGUUUUAUUGUGAAAUUCUUCUGCAAACAUGGCACCAUUUCGGAGGACGGUGUAUCAGGCGUAACUUUCAUCAGUUUGGCUUGAAGGAUGUCUCAAUCGGUAAAUAAAUUUACAAAUGGCGCCCGCCCAACGGCGUGGUUCGGGGACGAGUUCGAAAGCGUGCCUCUGAAACAGCGGUUGAAAUUGCUUUUGGCGAACUAUCGCAUGUCUGAUCCUAACUUGAUUUGGGAGGAUCGGUUUUCGUCUAAACCACCAACUUCGGAUACUGCUGUGGCAGGGAAAUGGGUAAAUGGGCAGUGUGAUUCACAGCAUUUACAAAAUGGUUGCUCUGGUGAGGAACAGAUGUCUGGGACAGUACGAAAGGAUGAAAGACAUCCAGGUGAGCUGGGGAAAUCAGAUAAUCCAGAAAAUUUAGCAAACAAUUGCAUGAGUUCAAAUCUCACUGUUUCAACUGCUGCUUUUACUGCUACAUCUGAACAAGCUGAUUCACUCAGAGAAUCUUUGCGUGUCCAAGAUCCAUUCACUGUCAAGGUUGAGCCUGCUGACAAUCAUGUUGAGAGUUCUUCAGCUAGUGGUAUGAGUGGUUUCUCGCAGGCGGGGUCCCAAGCAGCUGUUAAUAUUGAACCUCAUAACAAUGUUGAGUAUCGAGAUGACCUCGAUCAUGUGGUAUUAAAAGAACGUUUGAGGAGGCUGCUAGCGAGAUGUGAUUGUAUGAUUGUCAACUUUUCAUUAGUGAAGUUUGAUAUUGUUGUUGAAUAUGUUGUGUGCUUCCAUCCCUUCCAUCCUUUCUGCAGUAGAUGCUCGAGAUUGACACCAACAGCGUUGGAGUUUCCAAUGUAUAGACUGAUAACGGUGCUUUCUGUUCCACAGGAGAUUUGUGCUGGAGCAGUAAGGGAAGGAAAGCAAUUUGGAAAUCGAAGGCGUGUGUUAUCUGGGAAUCAAGUUCAUGACAUUGAUAGGCUUUUGUCAUCUGUUGCAUCAAAAGCUACCGUGUACUCAUCUUCUAAACCUCAUCAAGGAAAGAGAUCCCUUUAUGCAGAAUCUCUGGAGCUUCAAAAUGACUCGGAAAAGAGAAUCUUCAAAUCAGACAGCAAGAAGACUCUUUUGUCUACUAAUGCUAAGACUGUGGAGGUUUCACCUGUAUCGACCUUAAAAAACAUCAAAAUUGAACCACCAUUAUCUGAUGAUUUCCUGAGUAUGAAUGCAAAUGGAAGGGAGCAAAUGUCAUAUGUUGACUUUCUUGUGAAAAGUGAAGUUAAAAUCACAGAUAAUGCUUGCGAAGAUGCAUUGGAUCAUAUGCUGCUGCGUGAUAGGAUAAAACUGUUAUCAAGAGAUGGCUCUAGUUUGGGUGUUCACCAAGGUCUGGAUUGCAUGAGCAAAACUAGUUUUCCUGCCUUUGUUAGUAGGCCAGUUGCACCUACACCUUCCCAGUCAUUUAAAGUCAACCGCCCAAGAAAAAGGCGAAAAACUGUUACGGAUUCACUUGAAACUGCAAUGGAGGAAGAUGCUCCUGGACUUUUGAAGGUGUUGAUUGGUAAAGGUGUUACAGUUGAUGAGAUAAAACUUUAUGGCGAACCAGAAAGUGAUGAUGCUUUGGAGGAUUCAUCCACUGAGGAAAAUUUUUCAGAGCUCGAAGAAGUUAUAUCCAAGCUUUUCUCUCAGUCUCAGCGUGAAUCACUGCUGAAGUUGGGUCCCACGCGAGGCACUAAGGGGGAUAGAGUUAGUUACUGCCUUGAAUGCCUGUUGUCACUUGUGGAGCAGGCAAGGUAUUUACGGUUUCGGAAUUGGCCAGUUGAAUGGGGUUGGUGCCGGGACCUCCAGUCGUUUAUUUUUGUCUUCGAAAGGCAUAACAGAUUGGUGCUUGAACGUCCUGAAUACGGUUACGCGACUUACUUCUUUGAAUUGGUCGAAUCUUUUCCUAUACAAUGGCAGAUCAGACGACUCGUAACCGCCAUGAAGCUGACCAGCUGCAGCAGGAUCAGCCUAAUCGAGAACAAAGCAUUAACGGUGGGCGAUGACAUAAGCGAAGGGGAAGCUCGUGUGUUGAUGGGAUUCGGGUGGAUACCAAACACGGGACUCGGGACAAUGCUGAAUUACUUUGACCGAGUUGUACACGACAGGCGGAAUGAAAGGGACAGGUCAGAGUGGAGGUCAAAGAUUGGUAAACUGCUUGCGGACGGCUUAAAUGGGGGCACUAUAACCUCAGCAGCUGCUAUCUCAAGAAAUGCUUCGGAAUCUGACUUGGCGCAUCCGGUGGAGAUCAAGAUUGAACUUAACUGAGGUUUUUCGGUUUUAGUUUGUGGAGUUGUACAUUUCUUUUGGUUCUGUCGAAAUCGAAAUUGCCUUUUCUCAGUUAAAUGUUAGGGAUGGAUUGAGCUUAAGUUGUGAAGUUUCUUGGCAUGAUUGUGCAUAAAUUAUCUGCAAUAGGGAAUGAAGGGUGGAGUAAUGAUGCAUUUUGUGGUGUGUGCAUCUGGUGGUGGAGCUCAACUAUGUUGAUGUUGAUGAUUUGUUUUAUUUUUAUUUUUUACUACUGAUGAUGUGUAUACUUGAUGGCUGUAUAGAAUGAAGGCUGUGUUGCAAGGAGGCCCAAAUGUAAUAAUGGGCUUUGGGUUGGGAAAUGAUGGGAGAUGAGAUUUUGGUAGCGAUCAAAUGGUACUUAUUUUAGCUUGCAAGCCUAUAAAUUCUUUGAUGGGUUGGGCCUAGAGAUUCUGAUCCUGGAUGUUUCCUUUCAAGGUUUUGGGUCUGGGCCUUAGUUCUGGCCCAUAUCGAUGCUGGCUAAUUUAGUGGAUUUGGCGAUCUUGCAAAUAGAAAGAUGUUUGGUUGCAAAUUGUAGUUGUCGUCUGUGUGCUGUUG